AUGGAGCCAGGUAAAAUCUUCGAGCACAUCGUCCUCUUCAAAAUCAAAUCCGAUGCCCAAACUUCUGCAGUCGACGCGAUGGUCAGCAAUCUCAAUGGCAUGAUUUCACUUGACCCAGUACUCUACCUGUCCGCCAGUCCACUCGUCCGCAUCCGAUCAUUAUCCUCUCUCACCUUCACCCACAUGCUCCAUGCCCGCUACGGGUCCAUGCCCGACUUGGAUUGCUAUGAGGACCACCCGGUCCACCUCAGUGUUAUUGACAAUUACGUAACGCCUGUAGUUGAUGACAAAAUGGGAGUUGAUUGGAUCUCUGACUUAACGGGUUCGAUCAAAGUUCCUCCUGGGUCUGCCAUCCGGGUUACCCUUUUGAAGCUCAAGAAGGGUUUGGGAGAAAGUGUGAAAAACGAGGUUUUGGGGGUUUUGGAAGGGAUUAGACGUAAAUUCCCUUCAAUUGAGCAGUUUACCCUUGGGGAAAAUUUCUCCCAGGAAAAGGGAAGGAAUUUUUCAAUUUGUUCGCUAGCGGUUUUCAAGGGAAUGAGUGAAUUGGAGGCCGUGAAUUGGGAGUCGGAGAUGGCGAAGGUGAAGGAGUUUCUCGACGACGAGAUGGUGUUGGAUUAUGUGGUGCCGCUGUUGGCUUAA